CAAGAAAGCCAACAACUUAGAACUACUCACUUCCUAAUUAGUAUCCGAACUGCGCGAGUAUAAAUCUCGAUCGAUUGCUUUUGAUCUACCACUGCACAAUCGCAAGCAAUGAAGGAGCAGCUCCGCGACCAAAGGUCACGCCCAGCACCCUCCAUCCUCCCUUCCCAACUCCUCAACCUCAUCACAUUCUGCCUUCUGCUCGCCUUAGCCUUCUCCAUGGGCUUCAUCACCAGUUUCUAUGUCAGGAAUACUACCAUUAUUCAUCCUCUCCAAACCGCUCACGUAGCCCCUCGAAAUCUGUCGUCGUCGCUGCCAUUACCAGUGAAAGCUCAUGUCAUGCUGAGGAGGACGGGCACACUCAUGCACGAGAUGAACGACGAAGAGCUGCUUUGGAGGGCUUCCAUUGUGCCAAGGAUCCAAAGGAAUUCAACGAAGCAAGCGCCUAAGGUUGCUUUCUUGUUCUUGACGAGGGAAGAGCUCCCACUCGCCCCGCUGUGGGAGAUGUUCUUCAAGGGGAACCAGGAGUUGUUCUCCAUCUACGUGCAUUCCCAUCCGGAUUCCAAUUGGUCUCUGCCGAGGGAUUCCGUUUUCUACGGAAGAAGAAUACCCAGCCAGGCGGUGACAUGGGGCACGAUCAGGAUGAUGGAAGCGGAGCGGCGGCUGUUGGCUAACGCGCUGCUCGACUUCUCCAACCAACGCUUCGUCCUCCUCUCCGAAACAUGCGUUCCCCUCUUCGACUUCGCCACUGUCUACUCCUACCUCAUCAACUCCUCCCGCAUCUUCAUCGAAUCCUACGACGACGCCGGCCCCAGCGGCCGAGGCCGGUACCGGCGCCCCAUGAAGCCGCGCAUCAAGCUCCAGCAAUGGCGCAAAGGGUCGCAGUGGUUCGCGAUGGAUCGCAGUUUGGCCGUCGAUUUAAUAUCCGACGAAGACUACUUCCCCCUGUUUCAGAGGUAUUGCAGGCCGCUGUGCUUCGCCGACGAGCACUACGUGCAGACGCUGGUGAGCGUGAGGAACUACUGGAGCAGGAACGCGAACAGAAGCUUAACUUGGGUGGACUGGUCCAGGCGCGGGAUGCACCCGGCAAAAUUUGGCCGGAGCCAGAUCAACGUGGAACUUCUUCAGAGGAUGAGAAACGGGAGCAGUUGCAGCUACAACGGCGAGAGCACGAGGGUUUGCUUCCUGUUCGCUAGGAAAUUCUUACCGAAUACCGUAAGCAGGCUGGUGAGAUUAGCUCCAAAGCUGAUGGGGUUUGGUUAGACUUAAAGGAUCAUAAAUUCUCAUUUCAGGAUCAAUGUUAUUUUAUUCGUCAGUAUACGCCACCGCUGAUUACUAUUGAACUCUCGAUGUGCAUCUGAAGAGAAAUAAGACGUGUUCACUGAUUGUGAAUCUA